AUGAUCUAUCUAAACUUAUGGCAGGGUCUGUCCGUGACUUACACUAGUGAGAAUAUUUUUCAUCCUGUCCUCGAGAUGACUCUCGAUAGCCGCAUCCAACGGAAAGAAAGGGCAGCGGGUAUUGAGAUUACCAGGCCGGGAUGAAAUAGGAUUCACACGCUAAUGAGCCAGGAUGUAUUACUACAACACAAGAGUUUGUUACUAGUUUGAAGAAAGAUGUGGAUUUAAAAUGAACUAGAUGUAUUUAUUAUCUUUCCAACAUUAAGGAUUAGAGUUAGAGGCAUUCAGCAAGAAAAAGGACAUACGACUAUCACUAAGAAUUCGAUCACAAUGCAUGCUAUCAAACAUACAAAAGGCUUAUGGUUGUUCACAGUCUUAUUCAAUGCUCUAUCAAUCUUAUUAUCAUUUCAUAAACGCAGGACCACGUGACUAUCACCAUGAUUAUCAUUCAUAUUAUUAUCAUUCAGAGCAUUGACCAUGACCAAAUACAAAAUCGUCAAAAUAUCACUUCUGAAUUUAAAAUCCAUCUGGCUUCGAUAACGUAUAGAGUGAUUAAGUAAUUAGAUCAAUCUAUCAACAUGAUCAACCACGAAUGACGUAAAGACGCUACUCUUCAACAACAUUCUCAAGCUAAAAAGAAAUUGAUCCAUACUACAUCCGUCUACGUACACAUUGAAAAACGAUAAGAACCAAGGGAACAAUGGAUUCAACGAAACAAUUGAACGACCAAGAUAUCAUAUGUACAAUUUCAAAUCAAUCAUAGUCACAACAAUCAGAAGAUCUUCAAUCGUUGUAAUAAGUACGACAUAAAGAUUCGGGAAACUUGAGCAACAAAAACCGGUACCGGGGACAAGUAGAUAAGGUCAGCAUAUGAGUAAGUAGAUAUUCGAAUGGUAUGAGUUAUAAGCGGGAUCUCUUUGGGACUGGCGCGCAAUGUUCUUCGGCGGCACCUUCCACCUUGAUUCAACAUUAGUCUUCGCAGCCUGCCAAACAGAAGUUAUUACCACCGGUGAUCCAGAUCCCAGAAAGACAAAGGAGAUUAUACCGAUACAUCGACGCCAGUAUCGGCUUCGUGCGUAUUGAGUCGAGGAGGAUGCUCCGCCAUCUGACAAAUACAGAACUUGCGAUCUUUUUUCUAUCUAUCAAGAAAUAGAAGAUUGACUAGAACUAGAUGAAGAUGCAAACGAAUCCAGCAAAGAGAUUUAGACUAUGUUUACAACAUUCGAAUGUGA